GAAACUGAUUGCAUCUGACUAUCUUUCCAAAGCCAAAUUGAUGUUGAAAGUCGUGAAACAGUUUGGAUAAUGGUUCAUUGUCCAUUUCUAACUUGAUUCACAGCCUUGUUUUCAGUAGGGACGAUCAAGCUCCCGCGUUACGCCAACCCACCCUCGUCGUCGCCAUAACCGCACGCGUUCGACCACGACUUCCUAACCACACCACAACAUCAGCAUCAUGAUGUCGGACGACUCUUCAGAGCUUUCGUCUGUACCUUCCGAGGAUGAAAGCGAUCUGCAGCUAAAGAAAAAGGGAGGAAUACUGAAGUUCUUUUCCAAAGUCAAUCCCAAAACCGAGAAGCCCAAAAAGGCAGACUCGUCCCCUCCGCCACCAGAGAGAGAGCCUUCACCACCGCACGAAUAUGUCUUAGCAGACAAUCCUGACAUUGCAUUCAUCGUCAUGUUCCGAUCGCGGUUCACGGAAGCCUUCCCCAAAUCUCUCGCCAACUUCGGGCCUCAAGAGCUUGAGCGCGGCGUUGUAGAUACAGUACCAGGGGAGCACGUUGAGCAUUUCCUCUGCGCUCUCCUGGGCCUGCUCCUCAAUCGCAAGCAAGAUGUUAAGGCCGGCCACUACAACCGCGCACUCGAAGAAGCUGUACAGACACACAAAUCACAAUGGGCGAAAGAUUGGGAGAGCAAGAACCCAUUGCUUGGAGGGGCAACCUUUUCAUCAAUGGGUCCAACAGAGCGUCUUACACUUCUACGAACACUCGUCCUCUGGUCGUUAUCUUCAUCGGAUGCUGUGAAAGGCAUUAUAACUGCAUCCUAUAAGCAAAGCAGACACGAGGAUGAUCUUAAUCAACCCCUGUCAGUCCAACCUUGGGGUUCUGACAGCUAUAAGAGACGAUACUACCUAAUCGAAGGGUUGGACGACACCGCUUUCCGAGUCUAUCGCGAAAGCAACCCUGCGGGGCUGAAGCGGACCUGGUGGAGUGUCGCGGGUGAUAUCGAAGAGCUGAAACAGCUUGCUGAGAAGCUAGGAACUGCGGACAAUGGGCAAAGGGCGAGAGGACUGAGUGCCAAGAUGACUGCAGCAAUCCCAAGAUUCGAGGCCACAGAAGAGAAACGCAAACGACGCGAAUAUCGUCAAAUUCGCAAGCAACAAUUCAAGCGGCCGGAGCCAAACUUUUCUAUGUACGAAGGUCGAACACGUGGAAAACGAAUCAAGUACACAUAUUCAGAUGAUGAAGAUGAUAUAUACUCGGAUAGCACGACCAGGCGGUCUACUAGGAACACAGGCACGCACACGCCUGCUGAACCAGCUGGGCCGACCGUUACUCAAAGUGGCCGGCAAGUCCGUUCUCGUCUUGGAGGCGCGUAUGGCGAAAGCAUGACUGGUAGCAACCAAGGGCCUGGCGUUGCUGUUGGCGGAUACGAUGGAGGCAACGAAUCGCUAGGAGAGGAUGAUAGUAUAAACGGCCGCCCAUCAAGACGCGCGGCAGCGGUAAGUAGAGACAGCAGCUCGCGAAAGGGAGGUCGGAAUAUUGAAGGGUAUAAUUCUGUUGAUGAUAUGGACGAUGAAGAUGAUGCGAGCGAGCAAGAUUAUGGAGAUGACGAAGAGGAAGAAGAUGCUGUCUCGCUGGCAAGCGAGGGGGAAGAAGAUGACGACGAUGAGGUUGUCGAUGAUGAUGUUGACAUGGUUGACGAACUUGAUGAACUUGAUGCCAAGAAGAGCCUGGUUGUGUCUUUACCCAUCAAGACCCCAACACCUGAGAAGAAGCGAACAGUCCAGUUGAUGCCCUUCCCGGCAAAGGAUUCCAUGGAUCCAAAUGCACCCGAACCUACCCAUAAAUCACCUGAGCUACGAGGGGGUGGCAACGGUGCCUCUGCCUCAACAACGACUCAGCAGGUUCCAGGCGCGCCCCAACCCGAGUCUGCUGCUGAAGUUACGAAUGGGACAGCGACUACAAACGGCCAGAGAGAUACGCCUAGUCACUUGUCGCCAACUUUGGCAUAUCGCGGGAGCCCUGAAAAGCCGCAGUCAUUUCCGUACCCAAUCAAUGUUGGUCAAGGAGGGCAGUAGAUUAUUGGAGCAUUAAAAAAUUACGGCAUUGUAACGGAAUCGGACUGAUUGUGGUUUAUAUGGCAUAGACAGAGCGAUGGUAUUGAGCGCUGAAGAAUGGAACUUCGUAGUUUAUAGUGUUGGUAUAGACCUCAAUACAAGUAAUGGAG